UCUGGAGCAAUGGAGUCUCCAGAAUUUUCCAUGCUGUCAUCCUUGAGGGGGGAGAUUAAAUCAGAGGAUUAUAUACAGCCCCACUACAAAGAGACAUAUCGCCUGGCAAUUGAUCGCCUGGUGAGUGACGGCAGAGACAGUUACCAGGAGUUUCUCAAGGGAGAGCGGAUCGGGAGCUUCCUGUCGGAGGAUGAGCUUCUUUUUAUCACGUCAAAUGCAGAACAGCUCCCACCUCAAAAAAACACGGAGGAAAAAGAUGAGCCAUCGGACAGCAAAUCAUCAUCUGGGACCUACUGGCCAAUCCACUCCGAUGUGGACACGCCGGAUUUGGAUUUAGGGUGGCCAGACGUCAUUCAUGAAAAACUACAGACAAAUAUUGAUCUGCUCUUUCAUCCACCAAGACAAAACAGCCCCAGUAUCAAAGACAUGAUCCGUAAGCGUAUUCAGGAAGCAAGACAGGUCGUUGCCAUUGUGAUGGACGUGUUCACUGAUGUUGACAUAUUCAAAGAGAUUGUUGAUGCCACUGUGCGAGGAGUUGCAGUUUAUGUGCUUUUGGAUGAAUCACAUUUGAAAUGUUUCCUCACAAUGGCAGAAAAUCACGAUGUUAAAAUCCAACAACUCAGGAACAUGAGGGUGCGCACUGUGAAAGGUCAGGAUUACCGCUGUCGAUCAGGAGCAAAAUUUCAUGGCGCAAUGGAGCAGAAGUUUCUUUUAGUCGACUGCCACACAGCGAUUUAUGGCUCAUACAGCUUCACUUGGUCAUUUGAGAAGAUUAAUCUGAGCAUGGUACAGGUCAUCACAGGCCAUCUGGUGAAGAUGUACGAUGAGGAGUUCCGAACCCUCUAUGCCCGGUCGACUGUGCCAGCUAACCUGGGCCUUCCGGAGUGCUCCAUCCAACACAACGGGCCAAAUGGACAACAGAUUUUACCAGCAUCUCAUUCAGCCCAGAAAAUUGAACGGAGGGACGUGCUAAGGCACACACUGGACACGGUCUAUCGGAAGACCUGUGAGAGGAAACUGGGACUGAGAGACUAUGAGGAGAGGCUCUUAGAAGAGGAACCAAACCACCAUGGGCCAUUGUUUGAGAAUGGGCUCGGUGGUCAGAACCAGAUGUCCCAUUUGCAGCCUGCAGAGGCGAUGAACCAUUUGAAAAGGCACAGCUAUGCAGGGGAGAGACAAGAUGUAUAUACGCCACAGAACAUCCAACCCAGGGGAAGCCACUGGAAUAUCUCCAGGGAAACAGGAAACAGAAUAAACUAUCCCACGGACAAUUAUGUGCCACAGAUAUACCAAGGUCAAAACAUUUAUAAUGACAGUGACAAAAACAUUCUGUCCAUCCAGCAGAAUAUGCCAACACUGGAGAAUACAUCAAAGUCAUUCAUGCGCACAAUGCGGAUCGAGUCUUACCUCAACAACCCUGACGCCCCAUUUGGAGACUCUUUUGACUAUUUAGACCAGUUUGAACCAAUGGACAGAGCUGGUUCUUUCCUGCAGGGACGAACUAGGUCUUCCUUUGCUUUAAGGCCACCUAUACCAGAGCACAUGGACCCAAAUAGAGCAGCACCACACACUCCUCUGCACUACACAUCGAUGCAGUGGAAUCCAACAGCCGCCUGUGAGAAUAGAAUAAAUAAGGACCAAUUCAUAAUGAAGAGUCAAAGUUCACAGAUUUUGGAUGACAAUCGCAAUAUUGCAAGCUAUGGUCCAGGAAGGAACUCUUACCAAUUUCCUUAUACCAGUUUAGGCCGAGCUAAAGGUGGACAUAUGAUGACAAACCCUGACAUCCUGUCAGACAGUUGGCAAAAAAGGCAUAGCCUGGCAGAUCCGAGAUCAGACACAGAGUACGGACAUGAGUCAUCAGGUCACAUGUACGGAGCUUUUGGAAGGAUGCCCAUUAAUAGGAGCACAGCAGGGAUCAAUGCUCAGAAUGGUGCAUAUGUGUCAAAUAUGAAUGAAGAUCAAAGAUCUGUCUCUCAUUAUGAUGUCAAGAGUAUCAAAGGUACAAAGGGCCCCAGUACCCCCAACUGGCAGGAAUCACCAUGUAGGACUGUGUCUGCAGCAGCACUGGAUAUGAAAAGCAGGGAUUUGAUGGCUAAAGCAAACAGCAAGGGCUCUCAACCUUUUCUCCAGAAGGGCUCCAAGAACGUGCAAUCUAUGCUGAACAUACCAGAGAAAAAAGAAGAUUCAGUCAGGAACAUUGAAACGUUGAGUAUCACCUCAGGUGCAAGUACAAACACUUUAACAGCCGAGGAUGAGGUGAAAACAUCCGAUGGAUUUGGGAAACUAUACAGAAACAAAUCGAGCCCAAUCAGGUCUUCCUCAGAGCAGCAAAGGAAGUGGUCAAAGGACGGACAUCCUCACUUUACGAAACCUCAGCUGACGACUGAGGAGCACAAACAUUCCACGCAGGUCUCUCGCCCCGAUACAACCAGAGAGCAGAAAUCCACUGUUCUGGACAAAAGUGUGAAGCCCAGCCUUGACACAGGCAGCUUGACAAAAAACAGAGGAGCAGAAGGUCGCCUGUAUAGCAGGUAUGAGCCGUCCCGCUCAUUAGAAAAGAAACACCCUCUGCACGGCCUUGGAAGCACACGUUCCCAGGAGAAACCCAAAAGCCCUCCUAAAGCUGAGGCAGAUGCCGACCUCAGCCGGGGUACACGAGGACACCAUGAAAAUAAGCUGGGGAAAUUUUUUCAUAGAGUGGGGCAUCUCCUACAAAAGAACAAAUACUGA